AUGGACUUGUCCGUCUUCUCCUCCUUCCUCAAAAUCACUCAAACUAUUGGAACAUGUAUUGCAAACCCUUUAAAUCUCUUUUUGAUCUACCUUAUCUGUACAAGAUCCCCAAAGAAAAUCGGGAACUAUAAGUAUCUUAUGAUCUACGUCUCGUUCUAUGAGAUAUUGUUUUCUGUGAUUGCAAUUGUGACGGAGCCGCUUUUACACUCUUUCACGACUCGAGUCAUAGUUAUCGUCAAAGCGAAGGGAUCAAUGUUCAGCAGAGAGAUAUGCUCGAUUUUGGAUUGUCGGUCCUUACUGGCCUGGCCUGCCACAAGUCUGCCGUCAAUUGUUUAUUAUUUUAGAAAAGCGAGACGAGUGUUCGACGGAAUGCGAAUUAUCUUCUGGCUUCUAAUCCCCCAGGUGUAUGGUGUCGUCUGGCUUGUCACCUACUAUUUGGUGUUCCGUGAGACUCCUGAAUACACACAAUUCAUUCGGAAAGCGAUUCUGGAGAAUUUGGAUAUUGAUGUGGAUGAUGUGGUGUAUGUCGGACCAUAUUAUUAUAUGGAGGAUAAGGAUGGGAUACAUGACUUGGAUUGGACAGCGUUCUGGUCGAUGGCGAUUGUGUGGUUUUUGAUAAUGUCCUCAGCGUUCACCGUUUUCAUUUGUGGCUACGGCUGCUACGUGAAAAUUGUCAUUGGUCUCGCGACUUCUACCAACUCCUCCCAAACAAAGUCAAUUCAAAACCAAUUAUUCUACGCCUUGGUCAUCCAGUCAGCAAUUCCCUUCCUCUUAAUGUACAUCCCCAGUUCUAUCGUCUUGUUCUGCACUUUAAUCCAACAAAAUGUGGGGAGUGCCAGCUUAUUUAUCAGCUAUUCUAUAGCUAUCUAUCCAGUAGUUGAUCCCCUUCCCUCACUGUUUAUUGUCAGGAAUUAUCGGAAAGCGAUUACAGAAAUGUUCACCUGUAUCUGUAGUUGUGGAACCAAGAAAAAUGAGACCAAGGAACCAACAGUACAAUUGGCUAUUAGAAAUCGGACACAGAUGUCAUCAAGGAUUUAG